UUGAACAGUUUCAGCGGGUCACAGCAGCGGUAGACCAACGACGAAGAGAACAAAGUGCCUAGUGCGACUGCAACUGACACCUGUGACAUAUUUAAAGAGAUAAAGCCCAGAGAGCCACCAUGAGCUCCGUACUGUCGUCUGUGCAGUCCUUCAUUCAGAUGUUUGAUGCAAAAAAGGGACAAUUUAUUCGUGACAUUGACAAUAUCCACAUGGUUUGGCUUGAUGAGAUCCAACAAGAGGCCAACCACAUGUUCUCAAGAGAUUUUAAUGCAGAGCCAGAGUUAAUGCCCAAAACACCAUCACAGAAGAAAUGUCGCAGGAAGCGUGUUUCUGUUGGGCGCCAGGAAGGAGGUCAAGCCGGGAGAAGGUCCUCUAAGGGAAGGCGCGGUAGUCUUAGUGGUUCCUCUGUCAAGACACUGAACUUCAUUGCUGAAGAUGCUAUUUCAGAAGUUUCUGUAACUGAAAGCAGCACACAACUUAAACACAUUUCUCUACUCCAAGAGGAUGUGAACCGGCCACAGCCAGUUGAGGAUGAAGGUGUGGCUACAAAUAGUGAAGUCAAGCCAGACCAGACAAGUCACACAAGGGAUUCUCCAGUGAAUAUGCCAUCACCUAAUAUUGAAAGCAUCCCUGCGUCUACUGAGCAGGCAAUAAAGUCCUAUACUGGACGAACGGCUGCUAAAAUUGCCAUAGCGGGAAACACCAGAAGCUCACGACGGACCUCUGUGAGGUGUUCCCUUAAGGUGCGCCAUUCACUGGCGGGCAUGCGUCACAGUAUGAAGCAGGAGUCUCUACGUCGUGCCUCGCGACAAUCCAUGAUGAAGAGGAAGGCGGCUCGCAAGGGGAACUCAUCGUGCAGCAGCAUUGCUGAUGCUGAGGCUUCCUUUGAGUCUGUGGAAGAGGCUGAUGAAGUUGUGUCGGGACCUGUGACUGCAGAUCCACAAGUCGCAGAGGUUGACAGUCAGCCUUCUGGUGGACAUAUUACUUGUUCUAUGGAUGCCAGCAAAUCCAAAAUGGCCGCACCUUCACUACCUACCUCGAAGAGGAGCACUCAGGGCAAGAAAAUAGUUGUCACUGGCAAGCAACAGACUUUCCGGGGGUCAAUCAAGGACAUCAAAAGUGAAGCCUCAGAUACUGUGGAGCACAGUCCUAUUCAGAGUGCAUAUAAACCGUAUAUGAGAUCAUUCCUUCACACUGUGCAGAAGAAUCAAAUGCUGAUGAUGUCUCCCAGUACCUUUAGUCGUAAUACCGUCAUCAAGUCCUUCUUUAAGCACACCACUCCAUUGAAGGUUGAUGCUCAGGCCAGAGAACGUCAAAAGCUGGAGGCCCUUAAAAAGAAGCAGGAACAAGAAGAGGAACGGUUGAGGAAAAUACUGGAAGAGAAAAAAAAGAAACAAGAGGAAUCUAAAAGGAAGAAGGAGGAGAAGCUUAGGAAGGUGCUUGAGGCCAAAGUAAAAGAAGAGCAGAGAGAGGAAGAAAAGAAAAAGAAGAUUGAGCUAAAAAUGGCUCAGAUGGAUGAGAAAAAUGACAAGCGUCAGGCUGAGGAGAAGGCCAAAAAGAGAACUGCCAUUAAACGUCAGGACGAGCUUGAGCAGAAAAACAAACUGGAAGAAGAAACCAGAAGGAAGAAAAUUAAGCAAGCGGAUGAGGAGGAGCAAUUAAAAGCUAAGGAGCUGGCAGACGCUUGCAGACUGUUGGAGCUGAAGAGGGACCAGGAGCAUGGGAGAGAGCUGGAGAGAGAACGACAAGCUGCUGCUGAAAGAGAGAAGGCUCUUGCUCUGCAACGGGAACUGGAGAGAGCAGCUCGAGAGAAGGAGAGAAGAGAACUGGAGGAGAAAAGAAAAGCUGAAGAGGAAAAACUAAAAGAGGAGCAGAAGCAGAGGUUAGCUUCAGAGGAGAAAGCUGCUAAAGAAAGAGAAGCUGCCAUGCAGAUGGAAACUGCUGUUUAUCAACAGGCUGCAAAUGCACAAGUGAGUACAGACAUCAUCAUGGCAUAGAUAUGAUGCAUCUGUCUACAGAUCAUAUACCGUAAUAUAAAUGUGUCAAUUGUUGUUCUUUCUGGGCAGAAAUCACUUCAAACAAACACCAUAAUUCCAGAGGUUGGCAAUACAACAACAUUGUCCAAAAAUCCUGAAAACUACGGCAUGGACCUAAACAGCGACGAUUCUACUGACGAUGAAUCCACUCCAAGAAAGCCUAUUCCAUCUUGGGCAGAAGGUCACAAUCUACAGCAGAUAAUUAUGAAGCAGUACUUCAACCCCCCUGAUUUAGACUCUUUCUUUGGAAUAAUUGAGCCACCAGAACUGGAGAGCAUCUUUUACAAGAACAAACCUCGCUACUUUACGCGUACCAGCUCUGCUGUGUGGCACUCACCUCCUAUUGGAACAAAGUAGCUAGUGCACUAACACAAUUAUAUAAUGCUGUAUACUUUGGUUUUGGGGUUUUUUUUGGACACUUUACUUCCAGAAGACAGAACUGGUUUGAAAAUGGUUUCUACCAAUAUCUCAUUUAUUGAUGGUUUGUGAAAUAGUCAUGAAUUAAGUGUGUACGAACUGAUUAUAUGUUACUGUAACACUGGGUUAGCGUGUGGGAGUUGUGGAUUGGUGCAAUAAAAAUAAAAAUAAAAAAAAAUGCUAAGAAA